AUGCGCAUGUUGCAGUUUUGGGCGGGCGUAAACUUUGUUACGAUGAUAAACUUGAUAAAUAAACAGUUCAGCUUAGAAACGUUCUUCGUUUUGGGCAGCGACAUUCUCCAUGGUCAAUGCGUGCAGGUACGCGUGAGGCAUAUUAACGAUAAGCAGCCUGUACAUUUUAUGGACAUCCUCGAUGAAGAACAACUGGAAAAGACAGUAAAAACACAGAAUGAAAGAUUAAAGAGAUAUGGUCUAGCCCUGAACAUUGGAAAAGCAAAAACUAAAAAUUUGAACUUCACUGUGAAGAAAUCAGAUUUCGAAGAGAAUUUGGAUAAAUCCAAUUUCUCCUCACCUAAUGAAUAUGCUAAAUGUACAGCUCUGCACAAGACUCAAGAUGUUGUCGUGAAUAUCUUUAAAAACAAGGAGCAUCUGCCCGACCUGAUAAUCGGAGCAGAUACGGUUGUGUACAUGGGGAACCAGAUCAUCGAGAAGCCUACUAGUGUAGAAGAUGCAGUGCGCAUUCUGUCCAUGUUGAGUGGUCGAACACACACAGUGUGUACUGGCGUAGUGCUCAUGAUUGCAAAGAGCACAGCCAGGAUGACUAUGAUAAAACUCAGAGAGAGCUCAUCUAGCACAGCCACCUGA